AGACAUUCUAUAAUGUUGUGGAGCGUCGGUCGCUGGACAACGCGCAGAUUGUCUGAUUUUGCCGUCUUCUCGUCUAGCUGUCUGCCAGCCGCGUAUAUAUAGCAUUGGAGCCUGGAAGGGUCGAUUGUGUUCUCGAUGGCCCUGGCUACUAUCUCAACAUCUCGCACGCAGCUUUUCAAGGGCGACUGGGGAUAGUCGUCGAUGCCGAUCAGGACGGCAUGGUAUCUCGCUGGACGAGCUGUAUCUGGGGCCAUGCUUGUGGCGUGGGGCAAUCCGCAGCGAUCAAUAGAUAAUGCGCGCCGUGAGAACUGAGCUUCUUUGAGCUAAAGCAAAGGCUUUCAUGACUUGCAACGGUGACCUGCUAAAUUGCGUGUAAAGAGAUGAAACGUAAGAAAGGGGACACAGCGCCAUGAUGGUCACUUCACUUUCCCCGCCCAGCCCUUCCCGCCCGAUGAUUACACGGAUUCGCGAACCCCUGACUGCACAAAGCCGCCUCUCGCCACCAGCCCCACGUUCGCUCACGCACCCUCUAGCUUAUCCAUGUCAAAGGCUUGGCCAUCCUUGGCGGAUCGUCCGUCACUGUCACAGAGGCUGACAGUCGUUGCGGACAGGACCUUCUCAACCAAGUAAGGACCGUCCGUGGAGCCAUCUGAGUUGACAAGAUAUACUUUCUGUCCAACACGAUAUCUCGGUUUCUAUGCCAUGCAGAAUUUCUGAGCGGGGUUCAAGCAGGAAUGGCUCGGUCAGCUCGGAUUGCUUACCUGAGAGAACUCACGAAUCUGCGCACGGUCGUCAUCAUCCACGAACACAAAAUCGCUAUGUCUGUUCCUAAUGUCAGUCAGCUCUGGAGGUAAGGUGCUGGGAGAAAUUACUCCUCAGACAUGAUGCUGCGAGCGCUUCGCGGAUAGUAGACGUUGUGGAUCUGUGAGUGCUAGACUCGCCCAGUGAUGAGCUCUUCAGCUUCAAUGCCUUAUAUCCUAAGCGCGUGUUUAUACAUGUCGUUAUGAUAUCGAGACUAGUUGGCUUCCAACGCACUACUC